GCCAACGGCUUUCUCCACAAACUACGACGAGUCCUCAUAAUAAUGAUGGAAGGGAAAAGGCGGGAACCUGUUGAGGGAGAAGCUGAAACACCUACCAAGAUAAAAAAUGGCCUAGGACAAACAGAUGUCUCCACAGAGAUCAAACACUACCAGUCUGAAAGUUUAAAUGUACCUGUGGAAAAUUAUAUAACUCUCAGUAGAAUUUCAAGAAUAGAUAAUGGACUUGUGAAGACUUUUAAUUCUGAAAAACAUAGCCCAAACAGUGGUUUAAUUAAUAAACCAGUUGAAGAAGAAUUCUACUCCAGUCAAGAUACCUGCUUCAGUUCUAUGGGUGAAACUACGGUUGAUCACGUGAAACAUACUCUGAAUAGAGAAAAUGAACAUGCAGUGCUUGAAGUUAAAAUGCAGCCAUGUACACAAGAUUAUUGUGAUGAAGUCCUUGGAAAAUAUCAGAAAUUACCAGAAGAGAGUCUUUCAGAAGAGACAAAAUGUGCAUAUUUACCACAAUUGCAACUGCACUCAUACAAUAUCCAUUUUCCUUCUCGCUUAAUGAUGCAACAUAGAAGUUCUGUGCUAUCUCUUGGCACCAGUACUGCUGAUGGAGCAGUCAAUACAAAUGUAGAAAUGUUACCAGUAUUGCGACCAUUAUUAAUUCCAACUGCAGAUGCAAAUAACUGUGUUUCUUGUGACCAAAUCAAAAGAAUUAUUAAUAGCACUACAAUAUCGCAAACCUUACCAGGCUGCUCUGGAGAAUCUUGCAAUGGUAUCACUGUUUUACCCCAGGAUACUGCUCCUGUUUGUGAUGAACUUGCCGAGGUCAGAGAAGCAGUUGUUAGCAUUACAGCUAAUGACUCAGAUGAAGCAGUUUUUCAAAAUUCAAAUGAUGAUGAAAUGAGCCACACCCUAGCUGCUUCACAAAAUGCAAUGGAGGAACCUACCUGUUCACAGAGAAAUUAUUCCAGUCCUCAAGUGAUAAUCUGCCAGUUAAAGGGUGGUACUCAUAUACUCUGUAUAAACAAUACGGACACAAAAGAAUUGAAAGCAGUUCAUUUGGUCCCCCAGUAUCAAGACCAGCAUAAGUAUCUUCAGCCAGAUGCAAACAAUUCGGUAACAUCUGUACUGGGACAGUUUUUACCAGUUGGAGGUAAACUGAAUGUCUGUACACAAGAGGUUGAUAAUGGAUCCAUACAUACAUGCCAUUCAGAUACAAAUCUGCAAGAGCCAACAAAACUGACUUUAGUUGGGUUACCUUGUAGCUCCUGGGAUACAAAGUCAAAAAAGCCAUGCAAUUGCACUAAAUCACAGUGUCUCAAAUUAUACUGCGAUUGUUUUGCCAAUGGCGAUUUCUGCAGUAACUGCAACUGCAAUAAUUGCUAUAACAAUCCACAACAUGAAAUAGAGAGGAUUAAGGCAAUUAAGGCUUGUCUUGACAGAAACCCAGAAGCAUUCCUGCCAAAGAUUGGAAAAGGGAAACUAGGAGAUAUCAAACCCAGACAUAAUAAAGGAUGUAAUUGUAAGCGGUCAGGGUGCCUAAAGAAUUACUGUGAAUGCUUUGAGGCUAAAAUUAUGUGUUCAUCUAUCUGCAAAUGUGUUGGUUGCAAAAAUUAUGAAGAAAGCCCGGAUCGAAAAACACUAAUGAAUAUACCAAACCAUAUGGAAAUUAAUAGUAAUGAAGGAAAUGACUCUCUAUCAUUUUCUAACUUUGAAAUAUUAUCAAAAACCAGAAAAGACAGGCAAUCUAAUACAUGUAUAUCAUGGGAAGUGGUUGAGGCAACAUGUGCUUGCCUCCUUGCUCAAGCUGAAGAGGCAGAAAAAGAAGCUUACUCUGUUUGUCUAGCAGAACGAAUUAUCUUAGAAGAAUUUGGAAGAUGCUUAUCACAGAUUCUGCACUCUGAAUUUAAAUCCAAAGGGCUGAAAGUUGAAUAAUCGGCCUUAGCUACAGAUGCACAAUGAGCUGCAGUACUGCUUGAAAUGGCUUGUGGCUUUGAUAAUAUUUAUAAAAAUUAACAUAGCAUUCUUAUUGUCCAUUCAUUGCUACUUUUUGUUGCCAUCUCAUGCUGGUUUACAUCAGAGCUUGGAAAAGUUACUUUUUUAAACUACAACUCCCAUCAGCCCCAGUCAGCAUGGCCACUGGAUUGGGCUGAUGGGAGUUGUAGUUCAAAAAAGUAACUUUUCCAAGCUCUGGUUUACAUAGUCAUAACUAAUAAAUAUUUUGUUUUAUGGAAACAGUACAAUCUAAAAUAUAUAAACCAGAUUAUUUGGUUUCUACAUUUAAUUUCUCACCUUUUUUUGCUAGAGGCUAAAGAGGGUAACAAAAACAGGGCUAGAUGUGCUCCAGGUAACUGGCAUUACAUGGCUUCUAAUCAAAUGCAGGCCAAUACUUGAAAAGAAUUCCUAACACUGAGUUAAAGAUUUUCAUUUGAGCCUAGUAGACUGAAAAAAUCCCUUUUAAGUUUAACUGUUUCAUGGAUUUCAAUGAAAAUUUGCCUGACUAAAGGUGCCUUAGAAAUGGGAGUGCCUCAAAUGUAGCUUGGACUCUAUUUAUUUUAAUGUCGAAUUGUUAGGGGAAAAGCUAGCUUUGAAAAGAACUGUUUUCCAUUUACUGUACUUUACUAGUUUUGUAAUGAUGAAAACUGUGAUAUAUAUGUUAGCUAAUAGACAUAUUUAAAAAUAUUUCUUAUGUGCUUAAAGUGGAAAAUGCACCAAAUGUGGAAGUAAAAGGUUGAAUUCAUGAUAUUUGAGUCAAAUGAAUUCCACUUUUGAACAGUAAAACUUAAA